AUGGCCAUGACCUUCUUCACCUCCACCACUACACCUCUCUUCUCUAUGUCCUGGACCCCAGCAACUACAGGCCAGUACAGCGCAACGUGCAUAUUCCUCAUCAUCUUCGCUACAAUCUUCCGAGCAUUGCUGGCCGUCCGUCUCAACAUCAUCGAGAUCCUCGCGGCAUUUGAGCGGCGGCAGAGGGGUGCCGGAGAUUAUCCAUAUGUUGUUGAAGCGAAGACAGCUGCGGGAAGGCCAUGGAGGGUAAGGGAGGCAGUUCUGUUGGCGUCCUUGGAUGUUGUUUUGGCGGGAAUCGGUUAUCUUCUCAUGAUAGCUGUUAUGAGCAUGAACGUCGGAUACUUCCUUUCGGUGCUUGCUGGUGUCUUCUUGGGUAGCAUGGUUUUUGGUCGCUUCAUGGCUUAUUCUGCAGCGCACUGA